AAAUUGAAGGUUGGGGUUCGAGUGAGGGCGGCGAGCGAGGGCAACUCAAAAGGGAAAGACAAUGGCAGUGUGGAAGAGCCUUCAAUUCCCCCACCGUGGGGCCGAGAAGAAGCCCAGAAAGAGAGCUCAGCGGGCGUGGAGAUUGGAUCUAUUUUUGAGUACGUGAAUGAGAAGCCGGUGUUUGGAGUGUUGAGUUCGGACAGUGUAUUGUAUGCGCCUGUGCUGGGAUUCUUUGUAUUCACUGGCAUCCCCACUUCGCUAAUAAAGAGGCGGAGGAACAAGAUCGGAGGGAUGGAUUUAUGUGAAAUUACUUACUUGUGUUUUCCAUUAUAAUUGUACUCCCCAUUUCUGCCUGGAUUCCAUUUUAUACCACAAUAUAUCAUUUUUACAAUAUGUUUGCGAAUUCGUAGAGAUUGAUGGUUUUAUUUUAUGUUUCAAAUUUGCAGCAACAAAAAAAGAGAACCCCUUACACAUUAACAAGACUUUCAGUAACAAUGUGCGAAGGAAAAGAUUACUCACUUGGCUUUUGCAGAUGAUCUUAUGCUUUUUAUUAGGGGUGACUACAUGUCCAUGGAGAUCUUGGAGAAUGCUAUGGAGGAAUUCUCGGGCUGUUCGGGCUUGGAGAUCAACAAGGACAAGUCUAACCUUUUUUUCAGGAGGCAAGCUGCCAUCACGGGACUUGGAGGAGAUCAAGAGUAUUUUCGGCUUCCCGUUGGGUUCUUUGCCGGUGAAGUACUUGGGAGUGCCUCUUGCGUCGAGCAAGCUCAACAUCAUGCACUACACGCCGCUGAUUGACAAGAUUGCAUCCCUCACCAAAAAGUGGACAGGUAAGAAUCUUUCAUAUGCCGGUAAAACUGAACUUGUGCGCUCUGUUUUGCAGGGAGUUGAGUGCUACUGGCUACAAGUGUUUCCCCUGCCGGCAAAUGUGAGGGAUCGGGUCAUUUCCAUCUGCCGAGAGUUCCUGUGGGGUACGAAAUAUCCCCCCGUGGCUUGGAAGGAUCUCUGCCUACCGAAGGAUGAAGGGGGACUCGGCUUUUGGGACCUUGGGGCGUGGAACAAGGCUCUACUUGCGAGGAACUUGUGGAACAUUCACGCGAAGAAGGAUUCACUGUGGAUCAAAUGGAUCCAUAGUGAGUUUCUCAAGGAUCGGACGUUGUGGGAAUGGACGGCGAGAUCGAGGGACUCACCACUCUUCAAGAGGCUGCUUGAAAUCCGAGACGAGUUACUGACCGACCGGCCGAGAAGAGAAGUGGAGAGGAUGCUGGGACAGUGGUACGGGAGCAAGGGAGCGGUCGAGGCGUACGAGUGGUUUAGACCAAAAGGUGAACGACGACUGUGGCACCGAUUCGUUUGGAAGGACUUUGUCCCGCCAAAGUACUCCUUCACUACUUGGCAAGCCCUUAGAGGACGACUCCCAACGAGGGACAGACUGGGCUACAAGAACAUCGACCAAUGCUGCCCGUUGUGCAUGGCGCAUAUGGAGUCCGCGGACCACCUUUUCUUCAAAUGCCACAAGACUUGGGCAGUUUGGAAGGAGAUCAAAUCCUGGCAGGGACUGAGGAGGAACAUCACUACUAUCCCGAGCGCCAUCAAGUGGAUGCUCAAGGAAAGAAGUGGAGCAGCUGUUAUGCGCAAGGCUAGAAGACUAGCCCUCAUUGCAAUGGUCAGCCUGAUUUGGCGAGGCAGGAAUGCCUUGAUAUUCGACGGAUCAGCUUUUGAACCCAAGCACCUGGUGUUUGAAGUGAAGAAGGUAACAUAUGCAGUCUUAUACUCCCUGUAUCCGCAUGAUCAGGUAACCGAGCACUUGGGAGUUUAGCGUUGCUCUCGGCCAUGGGGGUACUCUUUUUCCUCCUAGAGAUUUUUUCCCACUGGGUUUUAUCUUUAGGAGGUUUUAACGAGGCCCUACCCUACAUCCUUUGGGGUAACGUGGACGGUAGCAACGAGUACAAGCACACAUUGAUUGAGGGAAUUACCGGAGCAUGUCGUGAGGAUCCCAUCGUGAAGACUUCUACCGAUGUGAAGUCUCUUUGUUUGAUCUUACCCAUGUAUUUUCAUUGUACGUUUUAUGGAUUGUAUUACCGACUCUAAGGG